AUGGAUGGAAAAAAUAACAACAAUUGGAUUGUUAAGAAUGAUGAUGAUCAUGAUGUAACUGAUUCAAUUUUCAAUGGCUCUUUGACAAAAGAUUCAAUGUGUUCAUAUUUUUCUUCAUCGGAAAUGGAUGAUGAUGAUGAUGAAGCGUCAUCCUCUUCACCUUCAUCAUCAUCAAAUUUAAACGGUCCUUUAUAUGAACUAUCAGAGCUCAUGAAUCAUCUUCCUAUAAAGAGAGGAUUGUCAAUGUAUUAUCAAGGAAAAACACAAUCUUUUGGUUCUUUAGCAAGAGUGGAAAGCAUAGAAGAUCUUGCUAAGAAAGUAAAAUCAAAUUACAGAAAUAAAGUGAAACCAUGCAAGAGGUUUGGUUUGUGCAAUACAAAAGCAACAAUAGCAAAGAAAUCUCCAAGAGAAUCUUGUUUAUCAGUAAUAAUUUCUAGAAGAAAGAGGUUCCUUGGAGAAUCUAGCUAG